AUCACGUUGAUGACUUGUAGCUUGCGCUGAAAUCUGGGCUGUGAAUUAGCUUUCUUGCUUCGACUAACAGUAUUCUUAUGCGAAGACACCAUUCAGUUCAAUGUGCUACUACGAGUAGGAGCCCUUUCCGAUCUGAAGCUGUGGUCACGUCUACGUCGAAAUGAAUGACCCUUGCUGAUUGCCUGGGAAGCUGUUUGUAGCGGAAAUGUCACCGUCGCAAAAACCUUCGGAAAAGAUGUCGGAGAGAACCCUCCCGUCAAGGCCACAACAAGAGCCUCAAAUAUUGGAAUUCGCUCGUAACGGUUCCAACCCCGAGACCGGCCAUCAUAAUUCUACUCAAGACGAAGCAAAGCCCCAGCCGGAAACUUAUACAGCUGAGGCCGAAAGAACUGAUUAUCCGCCUGACAGCACUGUGACACAGCUACUCGCGAAGACUAAAGCGCAACGCCGGCGAAAAGCCAGAGUUACCGAAGGGUAUCACCAUCACUCCGUCAGUGAAGAGGACAGGUUGCACAAGCUAGAAGCAGCACAGUAUCAAAACUCUGGGUGUGAACGUCAACGCCCACCACCAGUCAAACGCCAACGUACCAGUUCCAGCAGUUGCGGGAACGAUGCGAUGGGUGAAGACAGGCAUAGCAAGUUUAUCGGCAUCCAGGGCAUGAAUGGCGUUGUAGUUGAGGAUAGGCCUCACCAAAAGCAAAAACGGGCUCAGAGAAACCUGAAGCAACGGGGGUUGUGGCACAUGGAACGUUCGCGAUACUUUAGCUGCCAGGAUGACGUCACUGCUGGUUACUCGAGCCCGAGCACCUCAUUCAACGCCGGAAAAGAUCAACGUCGAAGUGCGCCGGGGUCCUUGGCGUCAACGGCAAGCCUAUUGCAGUAUGGAGGAAGGCGUCCCCGGCGUAGCGUGAAGCCCUCGCCGUUGGAGUACAUAGACAGUACACGACACCGCAGCUGCCCAGAUGACGUCAGCGCUAGUCACUCGAGCCAGGGCACCUCAGUAAACAAGGCAAAAGGUCAACGUCGUAGUGCGCCAGGACCCCUGACGCCAACCUCGAGCCUCUGGGAGUAUGACUCCACUGUGCCCAAGUCACCGGACAUAGCUCAAGAGGAGACGUUCUCGGGAAAAACGGUAACGAUUCCAUUGCAACCGGCCUAUCACCCUGAAGUUACCGACGCUGGAAGGCUCGUGGCAACACACAUUGAAGACCCUCGGAAGGAGGAUUACGCGCCUGGCCCCCAUUGUCAGUGGCGUGCUCCUGAAGCUUGCGAAUCGAGAGAGGACAACACCAAGCGUAUUGCAAGCGUAUUGCAGUAUGGAGGAAGGCGUCCCCCGCGUAGCGUGAAGUCCUCGCCGUUGGAGUACAUAUACAGUACACGACACCGCAGCUGCCCAGAUGACGUCAGCGCCAGUCACUCGAGCCAGGGCACCUCAGUAAACAAGGCACAAGGUCAACGUCGUAGUGCGCCAGGACCUCCGACGCCAACCCCGAGCCUCUGGGAGUAUGACUCCACUGUGCCCAAGUCACCGGACAUAGCUCAAGAGGAGACGUUCUCGGGAAAAACGGUAACGAUUCCAUUGCAACCGGCCUAUCACCCUGAAGUUACCGACGCUGGAAGGCUCGUGGCAACACACAUUGAAGACCCUCGGAAGGAGGAUUACGCGCCUGGCCCCCGUCGUCAGUGGCGUGCUCCUGAAGCUUGCGAAUCGAGAGAGGACAACACCGCCGCCGCUAGAUUUGAAGAACGCGCCACGAUUCUAAGGUGCAAACGUAGUGCUGCCACAUCUUCCACUCCAUCUGACAAGAUUUCUAGAGACAGCAAGGAACCGCUUGCUAUGAGGCCACGCCGAGGCACGACCGGAACGCUGCAUGCGGAGCAAGCAGGACGUGAAAUCCUGCCACCUCCUGCGCGGCGUCGCUACAAAUGCGCUACCGACGGAAACCCCGGCUCUUCUGAUACAGGAGCCCCUUGCAAGCCGAGUGUUCCGCAAGGGAAUUCAAUGAGUGUCGAUGUGCCUUCGGGAGGUGCGUGCGAAGAAGGCACCGCGGUAGCGUUAGGUUCCGAGCGGGCUGCUUCAAGGGACAAUUCCUUUGAGCAUGCCACGGAAGAACUGUCUGAGAGACGUCUGCGCUAUCGAAGUGCACUUGUGGUCGAUGUAGUUCUGAACACGGUAGGACCCGUUUCUCAAGCGAGCAUUGCAAUGAAAGACUUGACAGACAGAAUAAGACGGAGCAGCACAGGCAGCUUAUCGGCUUUAAGCUCUCAAUUUUCAGCAAUUUUGAGACGUCACACAGAACAUGUUCCGGAUGUGCCUUUGGAGUAUCCACAUGCGCUAGCGGAUGACAUAAACACGGCCAUGGUUGACACUGUGAGGCGAAAGAACGUUGAAUUGGAAAGUCUGAUGACCGAGAUGGAACGACUCAAGCGCAGGGUGGCUGAAUACACCCGUAGUGCAGAUUUGUCUAACCAGAGUUUACUUGAAUUUAUCUAUGAACACAGAGCGUAUAUGGGUGAGCAGUAGUACGGGGAAUAUAUAUAUUGGACUCGAGGUACAAUUGCGGUAAUUUCAUUAGAAUGAGGCUGUUUUUGUAAGCGCGUUAAGAGGGUGUUGAGGUCGCUUGCGUGGUGUACCACCACGGUCAUUUUUAUACUCUGAUGAAUGCCGUAACAUACAGGCUAUUAUUAAAGUGCCAAUAAAGAUGAAUGUGUGUAUGGGGGGAGGGAGGCGGAUGGGGUAUUCAUGAGCGGAAAGCGUAUGAGUUGCACGAGUGUCACCUCCUGUUAAACCCUGUUUCUAAUACCCCUCUAAUGUACCCUGAUUUUGAUUGCAGAGCCAAGUGUGACGAUUUCUAAUACAUUUUUCUGUGAAGUCAACUGGAAAGUCCUCCUCGUCGAUCUCGAAGUCGUCCGUCGUUUCAACAAGGGCGGGAAUCUCGCACUCAGGAAAGAGAAAAGCGAUAUUGGAGUGAAAUAUAUCCAAUAAAAGUGAAUAGCUAGUAGCAACAAAUUUCUUCAAAAAUUCAUACAGUACUUAAACUUUCUUGCUGCCACAGAUGAAGCUUCCCGAACGCUAUACAUGUAAUGGUGGAUGGAUGGUCUGUGCAAGAAAGAAGUGGAAGACAGAGAUUAAAGGCAGUGUUUGGCUGGCCAUGUUCUUCUACAUCCGCCACCUACUGCUCGCGUCAAAUACAUAUGUCGAGGAAAUCUUGUUCGGGAUUUCUAGUGUGUUUCGCUAUUCGCCCCAGCGUAAUGCAUGUGUCCGGACUAUGGAGUUUAAAUACGCGGAGUUUUGCCGCUGUGAUCGUUUAGCUGACAUGACAAUGGACUUUGUGUGAUCUUUGUACUUGUAGAGUGACACGUGCCUAUGGUUUUAUUUGCCGCUAUUGAAAUGUCUUUAUCGGCCUAAAUAAGGAAUAAACCUUACAUUUCGAAGCAAAGAAGGCAAUAAAGACAUGCGGAAUUG